ACGGUAUGUCAAAGUGUGAACAAGCGGAACACAAAAUUCAAUCCAGCCUCGUGCGAAAUAUGUGACAGCCUACUAGCUCUUGCUUUUCCUCUAAUCUCUUACUACAAAGUGUAACCUUCAAAAAAAAAAAAAAAAAAAAAAUCUCCCCCUAAACCUCUCAUAAGCCCCCCGGUCGGCAUGUCGGUCCAAAAAUAUUUCCGGCAAUUCCGGCAAUGGCAUUCUCAGGUAUUUUGCUUUCUCAGUUUUCUCAUGUUAGUUUCUCCAACCAAAUCAGAUGAGCUUCAAAUGCUUCUGAACGUGAAGUCUGCCCUCAAGAAUUCAAAAACUGAUGUGUUCAGCUCAUGGACACAAGAAAAUUCUGUAUGCAACUUCGCUGGAAUUAUUUGCUAUGCUAAUGGACUCGUUAAGGAAAUCAAUCUUCCCCAGCAACAACUCGAGGGUGUUCUUCCGUUUGAGUCAAUCUGCGGUUUGCAAUCGCUGGAGAAGAUUUCCUUGGGAUCAAAUUCUCUUCAUGGUGGCAUCACUGAGGACUUGAAGAAUUGCAGAAGCUUGCAGGUCUUGGAUUUGGGUGGGAAUUCGUUUUCUGGACAGGUUCCUGACUUGUCUAGUUUACGAGAAUUGAGGUUCCUUAAUUUAAAUGGUAGUGGAUUUUCAGGGUCAUUUCCGUGGCAUUCACUGGAAAAUCUUACCAAUCUUGAAUUUUUAAGUCUUGGAGACAAUCCAUUUGAUGCAACAAGUUCCUUCCCUGUUGAAGUUCUUAAGCUUAACAAGUUGUAUUGGCUUUAUCUCACUAACUGCAGCGUCAAAGGCCAGAUUCCAGAGGGUAUAUCAAAUCUUACUCUGCUCGAAAAUCUUGAACUCUCUGAUAAUCAAUUGUCUGGAGAAAUCCCGGCAGGAAUUGGAAAGCUCAGCAAGCUUUGGCAACUUGAGAUUUACAACAAUUCCUUGACAGGAAAACUUCCAGUAGGAUUGAGCAAUCUCACAAGCCUAGUAAAUUUUGAUGCUUCACAUAAUAAGCUUGAAGGUGAUCUUGGAGAGUUGAAAUCCUUGAAACAGCUUUCUUCUCUGCAACUUUUCGAAAACCAAUUCUCCGGUGAGAUUCCUGAGGAGUUUGGUGAACUGAAGUACCUUACAGCGUUCUCUCUUUACAGAAACAAGUUCACCGGUUCACUUCCUCAGAAGCUAGGCUCUUGGGCGGACUUCCUUUACAUUGAUGUUUCAGAGAAUUUCUUGACAGGUCCUAUACCUCCAGACAUGUGCAAGAAUGGGAAAAUGUUUGAUCUUCUUAUCCUACAGAACAAGUUCACCGGCCAAAUCCCAGAUAGCUAUGAGAAUUGUAAGUCUCUGACUCGUUUACGUAUGAACAACAAUUCACUUUCAGGUACUGUCCCUGCAGGAAUAUGGGGUUUGCCGAACCUUGUUAUCAUUGAUCUUAACAUGAACCAAUUUGAAGGUCCGGUGACACCAGAUAUUGGUAAUGCAAAUUCUCUGGCGUUGCUAAUUCUAUCUAACAAUCAAUUUUCUAGCGAGUUACCUGCUGCAAUUUCAGAUGCUUCUUCGUUAGUUUCAGUUAAGUUGAGUUCGAAUAAAUUUGUCGGCAGAAUCCCAGACGCUAUUGGUAAAUUAAAGAAACUAGACGGUCUUUAUUUGAAUGGAAACCUUUUUUCUGGUACUAUACCAGAUUCAUUAGGUUCAUGUGUCUCUCUUACUGUUAUAAACCUCUCUGACAAUUCAUUUUCUGGGGAAAUCCCAGAGAGUCUUGGAUCCCUUUAUACUUUGAACUCUCUGAAUUUAUCCAACAACAAACUUUCUGGUCAAAUUCCAGUUAGUUUAUCAUCUCUAAGGCUAAGCAAUCUUGAUCUGUCAGAUAACCAGCUGGUUGGUCCCAUACCUCAAUCUUUAUCCCUUGAGGUCUUUCAUGAAGGCUUUGAUGGAAACCCAGGUUUAUGUAGCAACAAUCUGAGGAAUAUCCAACCUUGUUCAGCCACUUCUCGCACUUCUGGUCACCGUCGCGUACUUCUUUCUUGUAUUGCAGCCGGUCUGCUAGUUUUGGUCAUUUUUUCUGGUUGUUUAUUGUUUGUGAAGCUAAGACAAAACAAUCUUGAUCAUCCACUAAAGCGGAGUCCUUGGGAUAUGAAGUCUUUUAGAGCACUAAAUUUUAGUGAAAGAGACAUCAUUGAUGCCAUCAAGUCAGAGAAUUUGAUUGGCAAAGGAGGAUCAGGAAACGUGUACAAACUUGUUCUUGGUAAUGGAAAUGAACUGGCUGUGAAGCACAUUUGGACAUCCAACAACAGUACUGAUCAGAAAAGUUUCCGGAGCAGCUCAGCCAUGCUGACUAAAAGGAAUUUCAGAUCAGCAGAAUUUGAUGCAGAAGUGGCAACAUUGAGUGCCGUAAGGCAUGUGAAUGUGGUGAAGCUGUACUGUAGCAUCACGAGUGAGGACAGCAAUCUCCUGGUUUAUGAGUAUCUACCUAAUGGAAGCUUGUGGGAUCAGCUACAUUCCUGUAACAAGAUUAAGAUGAGGUGGGAGUUGAGGUAUGCAAUUGCAGUAGGGGCUGCAAGGGGAUUGGAGUACUUGCAUCAUGGGUUCGAUAGGCCAGUGAUUCACAGAGAUGUGAAGUCGAGUAAUAUUUUGUUGGAUAAGGAGUGGAAGCCUAGAAUUGCUGAUUUUGGACUUGCUAAGAUUAUGCAGGCUGCCGGUGGAGGAGAUUCGAGUCAUAUCAUUGCCGGCACUCUUGGUUACAUGGCUCCUGAGUAUGCAUACACAUGCAAGGUAAAUGAGAAGAGCGAUGUAUACAGCUUUGGAGUAGUCCUAAUGGAGUUGGUCACGGGCAAAAAGCCAAUUGAAUCAGAAUUUGGAGAGAACAAGGACAUAGUCAACUGGGUUUACAGAAAAAUGACAAGCAAAGAGAGUUCACUAGAUUUAGUGGACUCAAACAUCUUAGACAACCUGAAGGAGGAUGCCAUUAAAGUUCUACGCAUCGCCGUUCACUGCACAGCAAAAAUCCCAGCUCUAAGACCAUCAAUGAGAAUGGUAGUUCAAAUGCUGGAACAGGCUGAACCUCAUAAACUUACAGAUGUAAUUGCUGUUAAGAAAGAAGGUGGAAGUAGCCCAGAUGAUAAAUUGAAGUGUAGCAGCAUUUGAAGCUCAAUUACUUGCCGGAAUGAAGCUGUAAUUUUUAGUAUAUAGAAAGGUAUUGAUAUUAUUAUAGUUUAUAGACCUUAGCUUGUGAAAUUUACAGCAGGAUUUCUGAUUAGGAUUUUAAGUAAAAGAAGCUUAAGUAUCAGAAAGAACAAGGAGAUGUAUUAUCUUAGAUCUCAGCUUUUUGUAUUGUAAAUGUAAUAUAUUUUCUCAACAAAA